CCGACAUUCGCCUUGGCCGGUGUACGCUGCUGCCUAGGCACUACCCUUCGCAACUCAUCAUGCAGACCGCUCGACCUGCACUGCGACAUGUGAGCGCCAGGUCGGCUGUCUUCACUGCAGCGUAUCCGCAUUCCGUCGCUUCCACCUCACAGGCACUCCAGAGGGAUGCUCGUCGAUAUGCAUCUAAAGGAAGGUUCGGCUGGUUACGGAAUACUCUGGGGAUGUCAGUCCGCGAGAAGAACACGGAGGAGGAACUCGCUGCAGUGCGAAAAGAACAGGCUGAGAAGGGAGAGAUGAGCGUCUUCGAGUCUCUCCCGGAGGAGCCUACUGCUCAGAUAGCGAAUGCGAAGAAGUAUGCUGAGCACCAAUCCUCGACCUCCAACUUCAAAAUCUCUCAUAGGAAGCUCAACAUGCUUGGUCGUCAAAUAUCGGGGAAGCCUUUAGAUAUGGCCAUACUGCAGAUGCAGUUCAGUGAGAAACGUGCGAGUACUCGGAUCAAGAGCAUGCUGGUUGUGGCGAAGAACCACGCCACGAAGCUGAAGGGCUUGGACCCGAAGAGGCUUGUCGUUGCGCAAGCGUGGGUUACCAAGGGGCCGAAGCAGCUGAAGCGUAUAGAGCCGAAAGGUCGUGGAAGGACCGGCAUCAGAGUCCACCCCGACUCGAAAAUCACUGUUGUCCUGCAAGAGGGGAAGACGAAGGCAGAGCUUCUGGAAGAGGAGAGGAAGAGGAAGUUGAAGAGGAUUGUGUCGUCGGGUCUCUACAGAGAGCACGUCCCCAUCCGGAACCCUGGUCCGAACUGGGCAUGGUAGUUACUGUUACCUGUCUCAAUCGUUAGACCCUCCCGAUGCUACCAUAUUGACUACCAUUAAUGUGCUUGUCCUAAGUAUGUGCAUUGAGGUCGUCUAUGGCCGUAUGACAGUGGCUGCCGCCUACCACUAAGUUAC